UACAACACAGCAUUCAGUCCGCCGGGGAAAUUCACACGAAGAAGAAGUUGGUUGUCAGUCUGAGAGUAAAUAACCGUCAACUGGUCGCUGGCUGGAGAUUUCACGUUUAUCCUUGAAGGAAAGUACGUUGCAUUCGUGGUGAAUGAAUCUCUUUCCUCCGGUUAGGGGUGUUUUAAAACUAGCGGUAUGUUCGGGAAGAAGAAGAGGGCUCCUUUGCCAAAGGGCCAGGGCGCAGCUGCAGCCAAACAGAUGGGUUUGUUUGUGGACUUCAACCCAGAGGAGAUGACGCAGGACAUGGAUGAUCCGACCGUGGAUGAUGCUGAUCUAGAAGCAGAGUUAUCGGCUCUCACUGGGGGCAAGCCUGCUGGAGGGAGAUUAAAGCAGAAAGCCCCCUUACCUAUGGAGAAUAUAGCCAGAAUGGCAGAGGAGUGUAUGAAGGAUAUAUACGACGAUGAUGAUGAUGAUAACCUGGAAGAUGAUGAAGAUUUACUGGCUGAGCUGCAGGAAGUGGUGGGUGACGAGGAAACGGAGGAUCAUGUGACACCCACCUCCAUGGAAGAGCCUCCGCAAUCACCACCCCAGUUAGCUCCUCCUGCGGUACCUGGCAGUCUGCAGCACACCUUGGAGGAGAGACUGAGUAUGUACCGGACAGCUGUCGCCCACGCCAAGGCCUCAGGGGAAUCGUCUAAAGCACGGAGAUACGACAGAGGGAUCCAGAGCCUGGAGUCCAUGCUGGUCUCAUUGAAGAAGGGGAGGAAGGUGGAUGAGGCUGACAUCCCCCCACCUGUAGCUGGAGGAGCCCCAACCUCCACCGCCCCCCCAAGACGUGCUCCUCCCCCUCCACCCUCUGGUCUUGAACCUGAACUGACACCUCCACAACAGCAGGGGGAGCCAGAGGCUGCUCCUCCUGCUGAAAUGUUACCCGUACCUGUCUCACCUGAGGCAGUAUCACCCAGCAGUGAGGAGGAGCUGUCCAUCUCCACCCUGGCCACUGUCAGCAGCCAUCCUAGCACUGAGGGAGAGGAAGAGACUGGACACGCCAGCACAGUAGGCGAGGCCACGAAGGCGAUGCUGUUAGGCAGACAGAGGGAGUAUAAAGUGGCGGCUCUGAAAGCCAAGCAGCAAGGAGACAUGGAACAAGUCAAACUCUACUUCAGGACCAGCAAGAGGUUUGACGCGGUGAUCGAAGCGUUGGAGAAGGGACAGGAGGUGGACCUGAGUUGCCUGCCACCCUCACUAUCCUCGGGGGUCAUCUCAGCCUUAUCUGGCCCAGAAAAAGAACCCGGUCCUGGACAGACCUCAAGCCCCAAUCCCCCUGCCUCCACACCUCCAGCCCCCUCUGCUGUCCCGGCCCAGCCUAAAGACGUCCUGGAGGCCCUGGAGCAGCGGAGAGACCGCUAUCAGGAGGCCUGCGCCCAGGCCAAAGCCAGCGGAGACGACCGCAAGGCCCGCAUGCACGAGCGCAUCGCCAAGCAAUACCAGAGUGCCAUCCGCACCCACAAAGCAGGACGAGCUGUCAACUAUGCUGAGCUGCCUGUCCCCCCAGGGUUUCAUCCAAUCCCCGGCCAGGAGGGGGGGGUGGGAGCUGAGCAGGGAUUCUCUGCCAUGCUGGAGGCUGCCAAUAAGCUGGCAUCUGAGGAAACCAUAGUGACAGGAGAGGAGGAAGGAGAGAAUGAGGAGAGCAAGCCUCCUGUUCCUGAGAAGUUAAAGAAGCCCAUGUUGGCUGUUCCGCCCACGACCCAGAGGCCCAAGAGGAGCACCUCUCCCUCUGCAGACAGGACCCACCAGAGAGAGAGCCUGUCUGCUACAGCGCUACAGCAGUUGGACUUUGUGGAGGGACGCAGGCAGCAGUACAUGAAGGCAGCGUUGCAGGCCAAACAGAAGAACGACAUGGACGCAGCCAGAACCCUGCUCCGUACCGCCAAGGGUCUGGAGCCGCUCAUCGACGCCGUCAAGGCAGGCAAACACGUCGAUAUCAGCAAGGUGCCAUCGCCCCCUGGUGAUGAGGAUGAGGACUUCAUCCUGGUUCAUCACAGUGAAGUCCAGAUCUCAGAGAAGGCAGAUGAGGUCUACACUCAACUGGCCAAGAUGCUCAAGGAACAGUACGAGAAGUGCAUGACUUAUUCCAAGCAGUUCACUCAUCUGGGUAACAUCGCUGAGACCACCAAGUUUGAGAAGAUGGCAGAAAGUUGUAAGAAGAGUCUGGAGAUGUUGAAGCUGUCUCAGUCGAAGAGACUGGACCCUCCUAAACAUCACUUUGAGGAGAGGACAUACCACACCGUCAGGAUCUUCCCAGAGCUCAGUAGUACAGAGAUGGUGGUGGUGGUUGUCAGAGGGAUGAAUCUGCCUGCUCCUUCAGGUAUAGCUACCAAUGAUCUGGAUGCCUAUGUCAAGUUUGACUUCCCCUAUCCCAGUACGGAACAACCCCAGAAACACAGAACGGCUGUGGUCAAGAACACCAACUCCCCAGAGUUCAACCAGGGCUUCACUCUGAACAUCAACCGGAACCACAGAGGCUUCAGGAGAGUGGUCCAAUCGAAAGGACUUAAACUGGAACUGUUGCAUAAAGGGGGUUUCCUGCGGAGCGACAAGCCUAUCGGGACGGCCCACAUCAAACUGGAGAAACUGGAGACCGAGAGUGAAGUACGAGAGAUAGUGGAGGUGAUUGAUGGCCGUAAGCCUACCGGAGGUCGUGUGGAGGUCAGGGUUCGCCUGAGGGAGCCUCUGAGUGGACAGGACCUUCAGACAACCACAGAACGCUGGUUAGUUCUGGACCAGUCACAGGUUCUUCUCUAACUGCUGCUCAGCUGGGGACAACUAGGAACACUUUAAAAAGGUGAUAAACGCUCCCGUUGUCCUCUGAUGAAGAUUAUGACGGGAUGAUGAUGAUGAUGAUGAAGAGGAGGAUGUUGUCGUGGCUGGCCUGUUUAGUCUUCCAGGGUUCUGUCAGUCCGACACAGUCAACACGGGUCUUUAGCUUGUAAACAUUUUGCACACAGAGUGAUGGAGCUUCUCUUCACUCUGGGGUGGGGGGAAUGGGCUCCAUGUUUAGCUAACCUUAAGAUAACAUUGGCUGGGAUUCAAUCAAAAGGAGACAUUUACAGGUCAUUAUUCCCCCCCCCCCCCCUGAGCUGAUUUCUGAGUCCUAGUUCUAUACCCUGCUGAUUUUGAAAGACAGCGACGUAGUUAGUCUCUCUCUAAUAUAUUAUUCACCUAUGCACUUAUUCUACCAAAGUAAUCACUGUUGCUGUACGAUGCUGCAUAGUUCAAUUGCCUUGAAUAUUUGCCCUACUGUUAAUGAUCACAAUAAUAAUGUGUGAUAAGAACUUGCAUCGCUCAAAAAGUAAAUCUUUGCUACAAUGUUGGUUGUUGUUCCCAGGACUGUUUUGUUUCUAUCCACUGGAGCAGUUAUAGGCCAGGAUUCACUAGAGCAGUUAUAGGCCAGGAUUCACUGGAGCAGUUAUAGGCCAGGAUUCACUGGAGCAGUUAUAGGCCAGGAUUCACUGGAGCAGUUAUAGGCCAGGAUUCACUAGAGCAGUUAUAGGCCAGGAUUCACUAGAGCAGUUAUAGGCCAGGAUUCACUAGAGCAGUUAUAGGCCAGGAUUCACUAGAGCAGUUAUAGGCCAGGAUUCACUAGAGCAGUUAUAGGCCAGGAUUCACUAGAGCAGUUAUAGGCCAGGAUUCACUGGAGCAGUUAUAGGCCAGGAUUCACUGGAGCAGUUAUAGGCCAGGAUUCAACCCUGAUUUAGAUCCCCUGUUUUUAUAGCAGCUUGACAUUGUUUUGAAAGGUAAUGCGAUCUCCACAUACGCGGUAACAUUGCCUUUUUAAAAUUUGUAUUUAAAGCUGCAUUGUCGACUAGAGCGUAGGGGGGGGUUGAAUCCCGGCUCUAAUACCAGAACAGGAUAAUGUUCACGCUCACACCACAGGUGGACAUGACUGAAUUUACAGAUGUCUAGGCUACCACUGCUACUAGAUGUUCAAAGGCAAAUUGGUCAACUGACAUAAGCAUGUCAUAGGUACUCUUAAGGUGUCAUAAGGCUACAUAGCUCUUGUGUCCGUGUCACUUUUGAGGUGGAUGGUAUAGAUCUGACCUUGAACCUCUGUUCCCUAUGGGGCCCUGGUCCAAACUAGUGCACUAAAUCGGGAUUAUGGUGCUGUUUGGGAAAGAUGUCAUUUAUGUUGGGGUCGUUUUGUGUUUUUAAAUUGAAGAGACUCAUAAGUUUACACUUUAUAGCUGUGAUCCUCCGUACACACAUCUGUGAGUUGGGUUCAGCUGAGCUUUUAGCCAAGAACAUUUUUUUUCUUUUGUCUGCGUGUAAAUCAAAGUAGUAUUUUAUGAAGUGGUAAUUUAAAAAUGCUUAACAGCAAAGCGAUUAUGGUUACACGGACACAGAUGCUUUUCAAUGGAGAAUCUUUGAAAAAGAUUUUUUGGGGGGGUCCAGGACACUCUGUUUGGGUAACUGUCCCACGGUCUGAGCCAAUUAUAUCCCCCCCAUUCUCUACUGAUAGCCAAUUAUAUCCCCCCAUUCUCUACUGAUAGCCAAUUAUACCCCCCCCAUUCUCUACUGAUAGCCCCCCCCCAUUCUCUGAUAGCCAAUUAUAUCCCCCCCCAUUCUCUACUGAUAGCCAAUUAUAUCCCCCCCAUUCUCUACUGAUAGCCAAUUAUACCCCCCCAUUCUCUACUGAUAGCCAAUUAUAUCCCACUAGAACUUUACAAUGCUGCUUCUAUCAGAAUAUUGUGCAUCAAUGUGGUCCCGUCAAUUCAAAAUAUAUUUUAUUAAACAAAAUGCUUCCUCUGCUCCAAUAUGUUUUUGUAUGUAUAUUGGCAAGUUUAUCAUAAUGACACUUAAACUGUACACUUUUAUAGGACCUAAAGGUACCUUUUAAAUAAAGUCGUAAUGUGUAUUUGUGGCAUAAACGAAGCAAUAAAGGAAAAUGAUUUCAUGG